GGGUAAUCCUUCAUUGCGCGUGCGCACAGCCAUCUUCUGACUGGGUGAACAAAACUGGACACACUCGUAGACGACGCAGUCUGUCCAUUUCCAGCAGGAAUCAUGGGAACUGUGUUCCUGCAACAGAGCACGGCUCACUCCGUGCUGAGGAGGUUGCGGCGGGCCAACUACCUCCUGGAGGAGGUGAAGCAGGGGAACAUUCAGAGGGAGUGCCGAGAGGAGGUGUGCAGCUAUGAGGAGGCACGCGAGGCCUUUGAGAACGACGAGAAAACGAGGCGGUUCUGGGAGGAGUAUGUGCGCGAGAACAACCCCAACAAGGGGCUGGAGUCGAUGGUGGGCAGCGCCCAGUCGCUGUACCUCAUCCUGCCGCUGCUGCUGGUGCUGCUGCUCAUCAUGGCCGUGACCAUCACCGUGUGGCGCUGCCACUCGCGCAAGCGCUCGCAGCGGAGUCCGUCCGCUGGACGCUCGCACCGCGAGCCCACGCUCUCUGUGGUGUCCAUGGACCAGUGGGGGCCGGAGUUCCACUCGGACAUGAGCCCGCGCUCCGAGAUGAGCGCACGCAGCUACCAGGCCGGGUCCGGACGCACAACCGCCGGGGAUCCGCCGCCCUCCUACGACGAGGCGGUGGGCCAAGCCGACGUGCACAUCGAGACGGAGCCGCCGCCGCAGUAUGAUGACAUCGUGAACAACAGCUCGUCCAGCGUGAUCAUUGGACAGGGGAAGUAGGAGCAGCAACAUCACCAUCACAGCGUCUGUCAUAACCAGAGCUUCCUUCACCAACCACCAGCCACCACCACCCCCCCCCC